UCUCUCUAUGAACUCAACCAGCCACUAGUUAAUCUCUUCGUUUCGUUUGCCAUUUGUACUCGCUCCUUUUUAAGCAUAGGAAACUUUUUACAUAUUUUCUCAGUCGAUUGUCGAUCAAAGAACAGCUCCUCGUUUCUCUGCCAGUCCCCGCGUCAGAAUACUACUCCUGCUCCGGCCUUCUCAAUCCGAAAUAAGAUAUAGCGCCUGCGUUUUGUUAGUAAAAUCCUUUGUCCUUGUCCAAUCUCACCAACAAAACACGGUCGUUAUAUCUCAAUCUGUGUCCCUGUCUUUGUUUUCUCAGCACACGUGAUGGCACCCCCAAACGAUCCCGUCAAUCCAAUCUUCAAUGUCCUGAAAUGCAACAAGGACGACUGGUUUGAUCUCUCGGAUGGCAAGCUUUUGGUUAACAGUGUGCCGCUACUUUUUGAAGUCCCAGGCAACGUCACUCUGAAGAGUUUUUCGUCAAUAUCCAAAUCCCCCUCGUCCUCUUCCGCCGGUGCACCCAGUCCCCUGUAUCAGCGAGUGCUGAAAUCUUCCCACAAGGGUGGCUUCCUGGGUUUUAGUAAGGACCAAGCAUCAUCCUCGGACAGGUUAAUGAACUCCCUAGGCAAGUUCAGUGGCAGGGAUUUCCUCAGCAUUUUCAGGUUCAAGACUUGGUGGUCCACUCAAUGGGUCGGAAGCUCCGGCUCCGACCUGCAGAUGGAAACCCAGUGGGUGCUCUUGGAUGUGCCCGAGAUAAGAUCAUACGUGAUCAUUAUUCCGAUAAUUGAAGGGAAAUUCAGGUCCGCGCUUCACCCAGGAGCUGACGGCCAGGUGAUGAUAUGUGCAGAAAGCGGUUCCACUCAGGUCAAGGCGUGGUCUUUUGACGCCAUCGCUUACGUUCACGCGUCUGAGAAUCCCUACGAGUUGAUGAGAGAGGCUUACGCUGCGGUUCGAGUCCAUCUCAAUACCUUCAAGCUCCUGGAAGAGAAGUCAGUCCCACCCAUCGUCAAUAAAUUCGGAUGGUGCACUUGGGAUGCCUUCUACUUAACCGUAGACCCCGCGGGCGUCUGGCACGGAGUGAAGGAAUUUGCCGACGGAGGACUCUCCCCAAGGUUUGUAAUCAUUGACGACGGCUGGCAAAGUAUCAAUCUGGAUGGCCAGAACCCCCACGAGGAUGCGAAAAAUCUCGUCCUGGGAGGGACUCAAAUGACGGCCAGGCUGCACAGGCUGGACGAAGGUGAGAAAUUCAGGAAGUACAAAGGGGGGUCGAUGUUGGGCGCUAAUCGUCCUCGUUUUGACCCGAAGAAGCCAAAGAAGUUGAUUUCGAAGGCCAUCGAGAUAGAGCAAGCUGAGAAGGCUCGCGACAAGGCUGGGGCCGCUUCUGAGUUAAGGGAAUUGGAGUCUCGUAUGGAGAGAUUGAAGAAUGAGUUGGAGGAGAUGUUCGGGGGAGAGGAGGAGGUGGAGCCGGAGGAGGACAAGAAGUCACGUGGAAGCUGCUGCCGCUGCUCGCGCCGGGAAUCGGAGUCGGAGUCGGAGAAUUUGGGAAUGAAGGCGUUCACGGGGGACUUGAGAUCAUGCUUUAAAGGGUUGGACGACAUCUACGUGUGGCAUGCCCUGUGUGGAGCAUGGGGAGGGGUGAGGCCCGGAACUACCCACAUGGAGUCCAAGGUCAUUCCAUGCAAGACUUCUCCAGGGCUCGAUGGAACCAUGACCGAUCUGGCAGUGGUCAAAAUUGUGGAAGGUGGAAUAGGGCUAGUCCAUCCUGAUCAAGCCCAUGACUUCUACCACUCCAUGUACUCUCACUUGUCCCAAGCUGGAAUAACGGGGGUCAAAGUGGACGUCAUUCACGCGCUGGAAUACGUGUGCGAGGAAUACGGAGGACGGGUAGAACUUGCAAAGGCUUACUAUGACGGAUUGUCGAAGUCACUAGCGAACAACUUCAAUGGCACCGGUCUCAUCUCCAGCAUGCAACAGUGCAACGACUUCUUCUUGCUGGGAACACGUCAGAUAUCCAUCGGAAGAGUCGGGGACGAUUUCUGGUUCCAAGAUCCAAAUGGUGAUCCGAACGGGGCGUACUGGUUACAGGGCGUUCAUAUGAUCCAUUGCGCCUACAACAGCAUGUGGAUGGGUCAGAUGAUACAACCCGACUGGGACAUGUUCCAGUCGGAUCAUCUGUGCGCAAAGUUCCACGCAGGCUCCAGGGCCAUCUGCGGGGGACCCGUUUACGUGAGCGACUCCGUAGGGGGUCAUGAUUUUGACCUCCUAAAGAAGCUGGUCUACCCCGACGGUACCAUUCCCAAGUGCCAACAUUUCGCUCUUCCAACCAGAGACUGCCUCUUCAAGAAUCCACUCUUUGAUGGAAAGACCAUUCUCAAGAUCUGGAACUUCAACAGGUUUGGAGGCGUGAUUGGCGCAUUCAACUGCCAAGGAGCUGGUUGGGACCCCAAAGAACAGAGGAUCAGGGGUCACUCCGAGUGCUACAAGUCCAUGUCCGGUUGGGUUCACGUCGCCGAAAUUGAAUGGGGACAAACCAAGGAAGCCUCCGAAAUGGGCGAGGCACAGGAAUACGCGGUCUACCUAAGCCAGGCCGGGAAAUUAUUCUUGACCAACCCCGCUUCUCCUGCAACUGAAAUCACGAUCGAACCUUCCUCCUUCGAGAUUUACAGCUUCGUUCCCACCAAGGAGCUUGGUCUUGGUCGGGGCGCCAAAUUCGCCCCCAUCGGCCUCGCCGACAUGUUUAACAGCGGAGGGACGGUUCGGGCCCUGGAGCAUAACGACUCGGGCGUCGUCGAUGUUGAAGUUAAGGGCGGAGGGAAUUUCUUAGCCUAUUCUAGUGUGCCGCCGGAGAAGUGUUACUUGAGCGGCGCUGAAACUGGAUUCGAGUGGUCGGGUGAGGAGGGGAAACUUAUGGUCAACGUGGAAUGGAAUGAGGAGGCCAAUGGGAUUUCUCAUCUCACUUUUGUUUAUUGAGUCAAGUCUUAUAUUAUAUUAAUAUUUUCCUGGUACAUAUAUUAGUACUAGACUACUAUUAGCACACUUGUAUGUAAAUUUCCCCACCCCAAGCGAGUACUCUUUAACUCUUUUAACUCUUUAUUUGGUGUCCUGUCCAGCUGGCAAGCUGCAAAUUUGAGCAUCGUAACGCAGUUGCCGGUGCGCUUAAUUAGUAUGUUCAUAUGAAUAAUGAGUAAAGUUUGAGGUUUUUUUUUUUUC